AUGAGCCUUAAGGCGGCACUCGCAGUAGAAAAGAUCUCGUUACGCACUACAGCCUGCGGACUUGGGGAAAACCGCCAUUUUCCUUUAAAGUCAACAAACACCCUCACUGAAAACUCUCAUCCGCAUAACUGCGGCGUCAUACAUUUGAUCACCUUGAAUGCUAAUCAAUACAUGCACGCACAAGAAUGCUAUAAAUUUAUGGACUACAUGAUUGACGACAUUCCGCCGACUUCCACAUACCAAAACCUCUGUUGCAUCCGUCUCCCGACGCGAUACCACUGCCUUCCCUACCUGCCCAUGUUGACCGUCAAUCCAGCACGGAUGGAGCGAUACGCGGUGAAAGCGUGA